AAACACAAGGGCAAAAUGCCCAGGAUUUAUGUUCAAAGAGUGAACUGCACAGAUACCCGUUAGAUUACUGUUUGCUAUGAUAUAGCCCGCAACGACACCUCCAACAUGGCGUCCGAACAAUGGAGAACCUUUCUCCAUCGAUGCUUGAUGCAUCGCAUUGACGCGACCGAAUUCAGAGAUCUGUCCAAGCUGUUAUUUUCAAAAUGCUCCAUCUCAGAAACCAACCUGAUCGAUGCGCUGCUCGAGUGUCGCGCAGCCACGGGGGUCAAGUGGGAUCCGCUUCUCCCGCUGUACAUCGACUGCCUCUGCAAAAUGGGCAAAGUCAAUCCCUCGACCGUGCUGGGGUCGUUGUUGAAGCAUUCGUCCAUCCACGAUAAACCGCAGUCGCCAUCGACGCCGGCGAAGAAGCAGCAGAAAUGCUACACGCUCAUGACCGACAUUCGAGUCGUCCAGGAUGUCAUGUUGUCGAUUUCCACGGGGAAUACCCCCCAGACUCUGGCGGAAGCUAUUAAUAUCUUCUCGGCCGUGGUCGAGUGGAUUCAGGCUGUGAUCUCCUGGCAUAAUUCCCAUGUCGACCAGAACCAGCAGACAGGCGGGCUGAUGAGUUCGCCUGAUGUGGUGUCUUUGUUUGAGUCGCUGGGUAUUCUGCUUGCUGCAUUGUCUGGGACAGGAAAGGGAUUAGAUGUUCUUUCUUCUCAUUCUCAUGAAAGUGUCAAAAUCAAACUGGGACAGGCAUUGACAGCCUAUGUCCCCCUUUGUGUUGAAGUCUCGUUGCCGCUCCGUAAUCGAUUGGACAGCUUGCAGAAAGAAUUCAAUCUGUACGGAGAACCGGCUUCCAAAACGUUGGAUGUUUCCAUGAUGGAAGGUGUAAAUGUCAAUGCACUUCAAUUCGAGGCUUCCGUCAUGGAUGGGGCUGUGAUAAACUCAAGAGCUGGUCUCUAUAUCUAUAUAAACGCGAUGCUUGUGGGUCGUCCUUUGGUUGAUGAUACUCUGCUCAUCAACUAUCUUACGAAUCGACAUGGGGGCCACUACGAAGCUCUCAUCGAGGAGAUUACAACAGCCGCUUUUGAUGUGCUGUCGAACGCCAUGUACCGCAAUGAAUCCAGUCGGACAAUGUUUGUGUUCCGUUCAUUCCUAGUCAAUAAGCUUCCUGCUUUCUUUGCGGCCAUGCUGGCCGCUUCCAUGGUGACUAUCCCGAUGGAAAUGUGUAUAAGUCACGCGUUGAGCCGACUGGACCCGAAUACAUUUCCGUCGUUUUCGCAAAUGUUCUCCAUGCAAAGCAACACGGUCUUGUCUGAUGUGAGGCAAGAGUUUCUCUUUGCCUGUGCUUUGCACCGGUUGAUCCCAGAGUCUAGCAUUGAGCGUCUUCUGGGCGAGAAUCCUAUGCAAACCCUUCCAACGGGAGGACAAUACAUCAAGGAUGAACUUGUGUCGCAGAUCAACAACAGCCCCGAACGGACUGAACAGUUGAUCAACGAGAUUGAAUCGAUGGAGGGUAAUGCAGGUGCGAUAGUUGGGGCAAUCACAGAGGUCAUUCACAAUCUCUGCAACCAAAAAGAGACGAUGACGCUGAAGAAUAUCUGCAACUCACUCUCUCGACGUCCCCAAGCGUUGGACGUGAUUCUGCUUUUCCGAGGCACGCGACAGGUUCUACAACCCCUAUGCACCUUGUUGGAUUCCUGGCAUUGGGAUGCGGAUGAAGGCGAGAACCAGCCUGUCUACGAUGAAUUCGGUAGUAUACUACUGCUCGUGUUGGCAUUCAAAUACCGAUACGACCUGAGACCGUACGACCUUGGAAUCUCGAGCAACGACUCGUUUAUCUUGCGAUUGCUGGAGCGGGGAUCGUGCACUCGGAAACUCGAGGAUCUGGAUGAGAAGCAGAAUAAGAAUCUAGGCACAUGGAUCGCAGCUCUGUUUAUCGCCGAGGGAAUUAGUGAGGAGACCAUGUCGGCUUGCAGCCCGCACGAGUUUUAUCUCUUGGUGACUACAUUGUUCAACCAGAGUUUAGGAGCGUGCGAGGCAGGGAAGCUGGAGUUUGACACGUUGAAAGGGGGAUUUGAAUACCUGCUGGAACCCUUCCUUCUUCCAUCGUUAGUUGUUGCAUUGGCGUGGUUGGGCAAUCAUAUCUGGGAGUCUGACAGUGACCCUUCAAUUCCGUUGAAAACAUUGCAGUCGCUGGUGACACCCAGCUCUAUAUCUGGCGAAGGCAAAGCAAUCCAUCGAACGGUGCUGCAGAUUGCAGCGCGCAAUCUAGAGGAGCAGCUCAAGGACGUCCGAGCGAACCACCCAAACCGAACAGACAUCAAGCCCAUCCUGGACGCUCUUGAACCGUACCUCUCCUUCCAACGGGUGGGCAGCAGCCGCAAGAGCGAACUCGAAAGCUGGACGACCAGUUCAGGGGGCGGUCUCCUAGGCAGCAUCCGCAACACAUUCCAGUCACUAGUACUAUGGAGCACGAAUCCCGACAUCAGUAUGGCGCCACAUUCGUACACCCACCGGCAGCUUAUCGCGGGAGUGCGCCUGCUCGGGUCAGUGCGAGUUCUCCGCGGCCUAAUCGAGGAGCUGAAGAUGCAAAGCGAAGGCGGCAGUGGCGAUAUAGCCCUGGACGUCGCGGCGACGAUGAUCUGUGCCCCGAUGGCCGAGUCAUUCGACAUCGACCCGACCGACCAGGUGGAGCCCAAACAGGAACCACUCCCCCGGUGCCCGAUCCUCACACUACGCGACGCCCUCGUCCUGCAGCACCAAUCCGUGCCCCGGAUCUCCGAAAAGGACCCCCUGCGCGCCGAAGUGAUCGUCCGCCUCUAUCGACGGGUGAACGCACUAUCCUCGCCGCCGUCACAGGUACCCAACCUCGACGUGAGCAACAUCAUUCACAACAUGCAACUCGGAGUGGAAGGAUCCGGGCAGAUGGAACUAGAGCCGCCGGCCCAGGAGCCCGGUAACGGGGUGGGCGAAGUGGAUAUCCACCAAAUGCUGGAUAAGGCAACCGCGGCGGCAGCGGCGGGAUAUGAUGGCGGGGUGGGAGUGGGACAGGAGAUGGGCUUAGAGGGCGGGAUGGAUACGAGUAUUGAUGAUGUGCUGAAUGCGGCGGAUAUGGCGGUUGGGAAUCCGGAGUUUUUAGAUUUGGAUAUGGAGGGGAUGUUCUGAUUUAUUAUAUUAUAUUAUAUUAUAUUAUAUUCAUACAAUUCCAAUCCAGUCACUCUAUCCAAC